AUGCCAGCAUCAAAUAAGAUGUUUGUUGAACCAUCGCAUUUAACUAUGCCACCAUCGGUUUGGUUACAUGUUAAUGGUGUUAGUUUAACAACAGACUUUCAUCAAUAUCAAUCACCAGUUCAUACAUAUGAUUAUCGAACAAAACAUUUACAAAGUCCUGUUCGAACUCCAACACCACCCUUAGUAUCAUCACCAACGAUCGUUCCUUGUAGUAUAACAAUGAUCGAUGGACCAUUUGGUAACAACACGAAUAAACAAUAUCAAAAACUGGAUAAUAUUGAUUUGCCAAAAAAACUUUUCAUUGACAGACAUAUUAAAAAAGCAAAAUCAUUACCUGGACUAAUCAAAGGCACUGCUUUAUCACGUCAUACACCUCUUCAUUCAUCAACAUUUACAAGUCCAGCACCAGCAAAUCCAUUAGCAAUUAAAAUUCAAGAUGAUCAACUUCCUAAUGUUACAAUUGAUAAUGAUGAUGAUUCUCUUCCAUUAUCUCAAACACUUAUACAUCAAAAUGAUAUUCGUCGUCCACGAGUUUAUUUUGCUGAUUUUAAUAAAAUACAAAUUAUUGAAGAUAACAAUGAAACAUCUCAACAAAAUCAUAUCAAACGUCGUCAUCGACAGCGUACAAAAAAAAGAAUCUCUAACACAAAUGGUAAUAAUUAUAUAUCACCAUCAAUUCAACAACCACAAACACUACAUAAUUCUACUCUUCCACUAUCACAUCAAUCAUAUCAUCAUAUUGGACAAGAAUUAAAUACUAAAAAACAACAAUUACUUCUUACACACCGUACAAAUUCAUCACGUAGUACACAUUUACCUGAUAUACUUAAUCAAUCAUUAUCAAAUGAAACUUCAUUAAAUGAUAAUUCAAAUGGAAAAUAUAUUUUACAACGUGAAAAACCAUUAAAUUAUAUUCCUAAACCAGUUCAUGAUAUGCCUAGUAACUCAUCAAUGGAUAUUUUGUCUGAAAAUACACAUAAUGGUAGUAAUAUUCAUUCAUCAUCAACACAAGAUUCUCAUAAUCAAAGUCAUGAAUCAGAAUCAAUUGAUAAUAGUAAUGGAAUUUUACUUACUAGUUCAUCAAUAUCUUCAACAUCAACUAGUCGUCAACGUUCAUUACUUCAUUCAAUAUCACUUCGACAACAAUUUAAUUCGCCAAUUAAAAUAAAAGCAACAGGAAUUUCAUCAACAACAACCACAACAACUAAUAAUAAUAAUAAUCAUCAUCAUCAACAACAAAUGAAUAAUUCAAAAUUAAAUCCACAUCGCUCAAUUUCACUUAAAAAUUCAGCUUCAAAAACUUCUGAUGAUAACGAUGAUUUAAAUUUAAAUAAAUCAUCAUCAAUAACUGAUAAUCGACCAAUAACUGCUAAUGGAUCAGUUAAACAAUUAAAACGUUCGGAUGUUAUUCAUUUUAAUUCUAAAAAUCCAUUUCGAAAUGAUCCAAUUAAUGAUUUAAAUGAAAUAAAUCGUCAUAUGAAUAAAACAAAUAUUCAUGAAAUAAAUCAAGAACGUUUUCAAAAUUUAUUAACGAUUGUUCGACCACCAUAUGCUACAAAUAAUAGUACUUCUUCACAAAUAUCAUCAACAAUUAUGCCUAUUGAUUCAACAAGACAAACAAAUAAUCAUAAUCAAACGAAAAGAAAUAUUCGUUCGUCACGUAGUACAAGUGCACGUGGAUCAGUUGGAUUACAUAUUGCAUCAAAUACAAUUACUGUUUAA